CUUGUGCGUCUAACAAGGGAUUCUGGUUAUUGUGUCAUCUUGCAUUGGUUGAUAAGGGACCCUUACCAAUGCGGUUUACCCUACUAGUUGGGUUUCAAUUUAUUAGCAAACCUAAUAGCCACCAACAAACAAAAGCUUAUAAUUGCUUACAACUAUCAACAAACUAGUCAAAUUUUCCCUCUUCCUACUAGUUCACUCUCGCAGAACCCCCCCAUCCCUUGCAGGGCACGCGUCUCAACGCCUCCCUACCUAUCAUGGCCACCAAAUCCUCCAAAGAAGAGGUCCCAGAUGUAGAAUCAACUCGAUCUCAGUUCAUUGCCAAGUUGGCUAACACGGCCGACGCGAUGCGCAAAUUCAGCACCUUCGCUGACACUCUUGCCCAAGUGGUUGCCAAAAUACCACUGGAUGACCCGGAGAUCAUCGAGACUCUCCAGGCGGUCGUCGACGCGACACCCACCGUCUCUAGGAAGCGUAAGCUCGAGGACACGACCGAAGAAGGUGGGAAGAAACGUAAACGCGAAAAGAAAACAAAAGAUCCCAAUGCUCCGAAGGCCCCUCCUUCCGCAUACAUUAUGUUCCAGAAUGAUGUCAGGACUCGCGUCCGCUCAGAGCACCCCGACAUUGCGUACAAAGAGUUGAUGGGAUUGAUUUCCAAGCAGUGGAAUGCUCUCUCUCCAGAGAAAAAACAACCUUACUUUGAUAAGGUCACCAACGCGAAGAAAAAUCACGAAGUGGACAUGGCCAAGUACAUUGCUGAGCAUCCUGGCCCAGUGGAAGAAGGGUCAGUUCCCAAGAAAGCCAAGAAAGCGGCGGAGCCUGUCGAGAAACCUGUCAAGAAACCUGUAUCCGCUGCGGCUAAGCCUGCUGCCAAGUCUGUUGAACAGGCCGAGUCGCCAGAAUCUGCUUUCUGAGGAGAGCUUCCGAUAUUUCGGACGAGGACAACG